AUGCCAGUGUCUAAUCAUAUUCAUAAGUCCUCAGGGCACAGCCCCAGGCUCAAAGCUGGCCACCUCUGCCUCACGUUCGGACGGCGGAUCUACCACCCAUUUGGCUUCAAAAGGGGGUACAACUUUGUCCUCUUCGCCAUCCUCGUCGGGGCCCUCAUUGGAUUUGUCCUCGCACGGUUCCAAUACUUGAACGUUGACGGUAUCUUCUUGAAGAAAACCAUCCCCGGAGAUGCAAUCCACUAUCAAUCAGGAUCCAAACGAGUCGGAAUCAUCAUGCACCUCGCCUGCAUUCUCCCUGCAGGGUUCUUGGUCUGCUUCCAGUUCGUGCCUGUGAUCAGGCACAGAUUCCUGCUGUUCCACCGAGUGAACGGCUACGCCAUCAUUCUUUUGUUGUUGACCGGUAAUGCGGGCGCCUUUAUGGUCAUUCCCAUCGCGGGGGGAGGGUCACCGGCCACUCAAGCCGGCCUUGGCCUCCUGGGAACGAUGACCACAGUCUCUGUGGUGCUGGCAUACAUCAAUAUCAAACGCCUGCAGAUCGACCAACACCGCGCGUGGAUGAUCCGCACCUGGGUGUACGCGGGCAGCGUCAUCUCGGUGCGUCUGGUGCAGAUGGCCGCCAACACUUUCAUCGCCCAACACCAACAGGGCCACUGGUACGGCGUGCAGACCUGCGAGGACAUCUGGAAGCAAUACACCCUGUACGGCGCGCCUGCCGGAGCGGGAAACCCCACACCAUAUUUAUAUCCCGCGUGUACGGCGCCGAACUCGAGUGAACCUGUAAUCAUCAAAGCCAAUGUCCACGGCUUCGGUCCCGAGUUCGUCACAGCCUCGUUCCACUUGACGUUCGGCAUGUCGGUGUGGCUUUGCCUUGCGAUCCAUGCCAUCGGGGUGGAGACAUACUUGAAGCUGACGCCAGCGGAGAGUGAGAGGUUGAGGCUCGUCAGUUACGAGAAACAGCUUGAGGCCGGAUUCAAACAUCCCGGGCGUGCGGGCUUAACUGUGGACAGGUUUGGGGAUGCUGUGGCCUGGGAGCCAAUCGUCCGGACCACCGAAGCCUGCCAGAGCUUGAGGAGGGGGUCGAAGGGGGUGGUUGCACGAGUCGACGAGUGA